AUGCUGCGCUCAUUUGUCACCGACGCCGAACUUGGGCAGGCUCUAGCCCUAACCAGCAACUCUCCGUAUCUGCUUACAACCCACUAUUCGAUUCGUCAUCAGCUAAGUGGCAUCUUCCCAGAAAGUCAAUGCUCUGUUUUCGGGUAUCCACAUCAGGACCCGCAACUUUGGAUGAUUAUACGACGGAACAAAUUCACCAGAACACAGGUAUUUAUGACGAGUCGCACGCAACUAUUCGUCAACGAGCAAGAUAUCGACACAUUUCUAAUGCUCGCGAUGCCAUAUCUACUCGAACUAUCCGAAUUCGCUGCACGUAUAUUGGGCAUUCAACUGAGCAAGUACUCAUUUAACCAAUCGCUCACCGAUGCAGAUACGGUGGCGGGAACGUGGAAAUUCUCAACCGAGGGUGAUCGUAAUCAAUUUGCUGCAAAAAUUCAACGUAUGCCAUCAGUUUGCAUCAAGUCAUAUGAUGGUCAAUUAGCCUCAUUCACGGUGAUUGAAUUCGGUUUGUAUCCAAUCAAGUUCGUUGAACACGAGAAUGCAGCCGUGCUCGCCAGAUCAGCACGUUCCCCGUGGUGGUCGACAGUAGUGGAUGAGGCCGGUAUGCCCGUGGUUCAAGACCAUCGAGUUGUGUAUCGCAUCAAAACAUCACCCGGAAUCGGCGAUUUUCCACUCACCGAUGGAACGGCUUAA